AUGGCCCAUCCUGCGCUCGAUGUACUGCUGAAAGGCAGCUCCGGCCGGAGCACCCGCGGUCUGCUGCGCAUCAUCAUUCUCUGUACAAUUGCUGCGGCCGCCGUGUCCAGCCGACUGUUCAGUGUUAUCCGCUUCGAAAGUAUCAUUCACGAAUGUAUGCUGUUCCCCCCUGACCAACGCUGCCCAAGGACAACCCAAUUAAUGUUUAUCCAGUCGAUCCGUGGUUCAACUUCCGUGCAACAAAAUAUCUGGUCCAAAAUGGAUUCUACAGCUUCUGGGAUUGGUUUGAUGACCGUGCGUUUCCUCCCCCCUCUCAAAACCUCGAGCUUGCGCGUCAUCACAGGUGGACUGACUGGACUAGGAACCUGGCACCCUCUGGGCCGUGUCACCGGUGGCACGCUGUACCCCGGACUCAUGGUGACCAGCGGCGUGAUCUACCAUAUCCUGCGGUUCCUGACCUUUCCCGUCGACAUUCGCAACAUUUGCGUGCUUCUUGCCCCCGGUUUCUCCGGUCUGACGGCCCUGGCAAUGUACCUCCUGACUUCUGAGAUGACUACGUCGCCGUCCGCCGGCCUGCUGGCUGCGGCGUUCAUGGGCAUCACCCCCGGCUACAUCUCUCGGUCUGUGGCGGGCAGCUACGACAACGAAGCCAUUGCCAUCUUCCUGCUGGUGUUUACGUUCUUCCUGUGGAUCAAGGCUGUCAAGAAUGGCUCGAUCAUGUGGGGAGCACUGACAGCUCUGUUCUACGGAUACAUGGUGUCGGCCUGGGGUGGAUACGUGUUCAUCACCAACCUCAUCCCGCUGCACAUCUUCGUCCUGCUCUGCAUGGGACGCUACAGCUCCCGUCUCUACAUCAGCUACACCACGUGGUACGCGCUGGGAACUUUGGCCAGCAUGCAGAUUCCGUUUGUUGGCUUCCUGCCCAUUCGAAACAGUGACCACAUGUCGGCGCUGGGUGUGUUUGGGCUGAUCCAACUCGUGGCCUUUGCGGAAUUCAUCCGAGGCUUCCUGCCUGGCAAGCAAUUCCAAAAGCUGCUCACAUCUAUGGUUUUGAUCACUUUUGGCCUUGGAUUUGGCAUCCUCGUUCUGCUCAGCGUCUCCGGUGUCAUUGCCCCGUGGAGUGGUCGUUUCUACUCGCUGUGGGAUACCGGCUACGCCAAGAUCCACAUUCCCAUCAUUGCGUCCGUCUCCGAGCACCAACCGACCGCCUGGCCCGCCUUCUUUUUCGACCUGAACUUCCUGAUAUGGCUCUUCCCCGCGGGUGUGUACCUGUGCUUCCAGAAGCUCAAGGAUGAACAUGUGUUCGUGGUCAUCUACUCAGUGCUUUCCAGCUACUUUGCGGGUGUCAUGGUCCGUCUGAUGCUGACUCUGACUCCGAUUGUGUGUGUUGCGGCGGCAUUGGCUCUCUCGGCCAUUCUCGACAACUUCCUGGUCAUUUCCGCCCCGACUCCUCCCGCCAAAACGGACACCAACAAGUCGGACAAGGCCAAGAAACCCGUCGGCAUCUACUCGUACUUCUCCAAGACCUUUAUGACCUGCUCCGCCGUCCUUUACCUACUCAUCUUUGUCGCGCACUGCACUUGGGUCACCUCCAAUGCGUACUCGUCUCCGUCCGUUGUUCUCGCCAGCAAGCUUCCCGAUGGCAGCCAGUACAUCAUCGACGACUACCGCGAGGCCUACUACUGGCUCCGACAGAACACCCCGGAUAACGCCAAGAUUAUGUCCUGGUGGGAUUACGGUUACCAAAUCGGUGGCAUGGCUGACCGUCCCACGCUGGUCGACAACAACACCUGGAACAACACCCAUAUUGCCACCGUUGGCAAGGCCAUGAGCUCACGCGAGGAGGUCAGCUACCCGAUCCUGCGGCAGCAUGACGUCGACUAUGUCCUGGUCGUGUUUGGCGGUCUGCUCGGCUACUCGGGCGACGACCUGAACAAGUUCCUGUGGAUGGUCCGCAUCGCCGAGGGUAUCUGGCCGGACGAGGUGAGCGAGCGUGACUUCUUUACCGCUCGCGGCGAGUACCGCGUUGAUGACGAGGCCACUCCGACCAUGAAGAACAGUCUGAUGUACGUCCUUUCUUUCGCUCUUUUUCUGAUGAUCAUCGCUCACCUAAUUGUUAGGUACAAAAUGUCCUACCACAACUACCAGAACCUCUUCCCAGCCGGCCAAGCCGCAGACCGCGUCCGUGGCACGAAGCUGCCCGUCGACACCCCGCAGCUCAACACGCUCGACGAAGCCUUCACCAGCGAGAACUGGAUUAUCCGCAUCUACAAGGUUAAGGACCUGGACAAUUUCGGUCGUGACCACAGCAGCGCUGUCGCCUUUGACAAGGGACACAAGAAGAAGCGCGCUGCCAAAAAAGGGCCCUCGUGUUCUGCGAACCGAGUAACGGUGCUUCUGAUAUGUUGUAUUAUCCGUGUUGCUUUGCAUUUUGUGUUUUGUUCGUCUCUGCAUGAUGUCUUUUUCUGGCAUGUUGGGUUUUCUAGGUGGAUAUACUUAGGAUAA